CUUAAAGCCGAUUUGCAUAAUGAUGUACAAAAAGAACAUUUAUUGGAUAUAUUUAAUCCAAAGGGAGACGGAUGGUGUGGAUGGAGAGCUGCAGCUAAUUUUUUCGAAGGCAACCAGGACAACUUUCCUGUUGUCAAAGAAAAAAUGCUGAAGGCCUUUCAUGCCAAUAAGGAAAGCUACUGGUCCUUGUUGGACUUUGAUAAAGAACGUGAUCUGGAGAGGUUGAUCACGAGCGGUACCAACUGGGUGGAUGGUGAUGGUGAUGCUGAAUAUGGAGACUGGUUUACCACUCCUGAGUGUGCCCAAGUUGUGGCCGAUGCAUAUGGGAUUCCUGUGGUGGUUUUUCCUUGUGGAGAUAACGAAGCUUUGACUUUCCUCCCGCUUGCUCUUCCAAAAAACACCAGCAUUAAGCCCCCCUCUCCUCUCCUUUUGCAAAACGUCAAAAACCGUCACUGGAUUAGUCUCAAGAUGAAACAUACGUGUAAAAACUGGCCGGUUGUAGUGGAUUGCUACCGAAAGCAUCCCAAGUGUAGCAAAAGUAGGCUUAUAGAGGAUAGUUUUGCAGAAAAAAAGGUAGAAAAAAACAAUAGGAUCAAUUAG